AGCAGCCAGGUGAGUCUGGGCUGCCAUCAGGCAUGAGCUGCAGUGACACACACUCUCAGAAGAUUCAAUAACAACGUCAGCAUGCGCAGUCUGGGAGCUUACAGGUGCAUUAGUGAGCAGAAAGCCUAGGGGACGGCAGUGCUGACUGGCAGCAGACAGACGGGCUGUGUCAUAAAUAAGCCUGGCACAGUGGAGAGAGAGAGAGAGAGACUCGAGACAGACCGCAUUGCAGGGCAGACAGACAUAGCAAAGCAUGAGUGCAGAAAUGGAGGAAUGGAGCAGUUCAGGAAUGGAUGAGAGCGAGAGAGACAGCAGCACCAGUCACGAUGAAAAUGAUGAAGAACCAGAGGACGAAGAGGAACCCGACACUGAGGGACUGUGCAGGGAGCUGGUGCAAGUGCUGUGUUCAGAGAGAGUUGGUCAAAUCACAAAGACGUAUCAUGACAUUGAGGCAGUCACACAUUUGCUUGAGGAGAAAGAGCGGGAUCUGGAAUUGGCAGCCCGGAUUGGCCAAUCACUGCUCAAGCAGAAUAAAGCCCUGACUGAACGCAACAAACUACUGGAUGAACAUCUGGAAAUUGCUAAGGAAGAGAUUGCCCAGCUGCGUCAUGAGCUCUCCAUGAGAGACGAUCUCCUGCACUUUUAUGCCAGCACUGAAGAUAUAGAGCAUGCAUCAGAAACACUGCUUAUACGGAAUGAUUCGUCCUCAUCUCUCAGCAACUACGUCAAUUACGACUUCCUGCAACAGAAACUCAAGGGUUUAGAAGAGGAAAACUUCAAACUGCGCACAGAGGCUAAUGAGUUAACAUUUGAGACCAGUAAUUAUGAGGAACAAGAGCAGCAGCUUAUGAUGGUGUGUGUGGAUGAACUCACGACAGCGAAUAAGCAGGUCGUAUCUCUAUCAGAGGAAUUGGCCCGGAAGGUGGAAGACUCGCUAAGACAACAAGAGGAGAUUAGCACCCUCCUGGGGCAGAUUGUUGACCUGGAACAGCGCUGCAAAGGGCUCACCACUGAGAACGAGGAAUUGACGCAACAUCUAAAUGCGUCCCGGGAAUCCCAGUCCCAGCUUAAAACAGAGUUGAAGGAACUGCAGGAGAGGUACUCAGAAUGUGAGGACAUGCUCCAUGAAGCCAGAGAGGACAUUAAAAACCUGCGCAAUAAGAGUCUGCCCAACAGCACCGUGCAGCGUUAUAGCACCCUGGCAUCGGUCGUCCCAAUGGAUUCACUCGCUGCUGAGAUUGAAGGAACCUUCCGGAAAGGCCUAGACAGCCCAGCGCCCACUGAAUACAAGAAUCAUCCGUUGCGGGUGUUUGAGACCGUGAAGGUGGCCAAUCAGGUGGCUCGGCUACGUUCUCAGAUUCAGUCUCCGCAGGUUCUGGGUUCAAGCCCUGCAUCGUUACGCUCUAGUCGGAUUAGUACACCACGGACCAGUUGUUAUGAAUCGGACAAUAUUAGUGUCAACAUGGAGGAUAAGCACUCCCCACCGACGCACACACAGGAUCACGGGUUUCUGGAGUCGAAGCGUUUGGGCCAGCCUGGUACGCCAGGUGGGCAGGAUCUAGAGGAAGCGCUACGGUCUCUCUCAGAGCGUCAGGAGAGCCACACAUCAGAGCGGCCGUUCUUCGAUGUGGAGAGAGAAAGGAAACUGCGUGCCCUGCAGAGUGGAAGCAGCGGCAGUGCUGACGGCUCCAGUGGCUUCCUGACGCCCAAUGGCAGCGUUGCAUCCACAGGGACUAACUACUCUGGCACCUCCACGCAUUCCUCAGGCACAGGCUCCUCCCGCUCAUACCUGCCUGAACGGCUGCAGAUAGUCAAGCCACUGGAGGGCUCAGUGACUCUGCACCAGUGGCAGCAGCUUGCCAAGCCCAAUCUUGGAGGCAUCCUGCACCCACGGCCAGGUGUCCUCACCAAAGACUUCAGAGAGCUGGAUGUGGAUUUUCAGCAUGUCUACAGCCUCAAUGACCUCGAGGAGGACGAGCCUGAUCUGUCCAAAUUCCCCAACCUCCUAAACGGCACUGUGGUCUCUUCAUCCGGACCUACCAUCCCUCAGACCUCACCCUCACCCCUGACCACUAGCGGUCAGAACCUUCAUCCCUCAGCCCUCCUGUCCUCCUUUUCCACCAGCCUUCGUCCCCGCAGUGCAUCCGCUUGUGGGAGCUGUGAGCACGUGAGGACGUCAUCAGGCCUCCAGUGCGUCUCUGGGUCCACAUCGCACCUCCACCCGACCUCCUCCCUCAGUCUGCUACAACUUGUAUCAGAGCGUGGCAUCUCAGCUACAGUUCAUCCCAACUCCCUUUUCAUUCACAGAGCCACCGCAUCCUCAGAGGAAAGACAACGGCACUCUGCUGGAAAUGAAAAGGAACAGCAGGGAAACAUUUUCAGCGUCAAUCUUGUGGAAAAACUCAGAAGCCUGGGCUUGUACAAAGUGGUGGCCAGAGGCUUUGUGGAUUCAAAAAGAAAAACCAGCAACCCGUGAAUCACAAAAAGCCGCUCACCAUUAAAGGUGCCAUUUUGUGCAUCACUGUCAUCGUGGCAUGCAGCUAAACUUUUCCCAUUUCUAAUGGGACAUUCCGAAAGCCAUAUCAAGUUUGCGUUUCUGUAGUCACUUCUUAUUGACACUGGGAAUUUUACGCAUGGACUGCACCUCAAAAGAUUUCAUUAUGAAGUCAUCUGUUUUUUCUAUCAUUGUAUUUGUAGGGUGUUUCAAACAGAAGGGAAUCGCUGUACAUUUGUGGACUUUUUAACAUGUCCUCUUUUGUUGAGACUUUGUCUUGUCACUAUCAGUCUUGAAAUCACUCUUUUAUUGUUAUGAAAUUAUUCUUGUGUAGCAGCACUACAGAAAAAUGCGCUACGUGGCCUCAGUUUUUGCUUGAUGCCGACCAAGCAUCGGUGUCAGUAGUGCGUUUUGCUUCCUGAGGAAUACAUUUGUUCAUAAUAGCACUUUUCAGGGCAUUCAGAUCCCUUUUCCUAGGGAAUGCAGGGUACAUUAUGUGAGGUUAUGUACUGUACCUGCAGUCUAAACACUGUAAAAUGAGAAGCUGUAUUUAUGAUGACUGUUGGUGGACAAUUUAGGAAACAUUAUACAGUCAAAGUGAUCUUGUGCUUUAUUUUCACUGUGCUUUAAUGCAAGAACACCUCAUGUGAUGGUACACCAUGCACACACACAUGCAUGUCAUGCAACUUUAACGUCACAGACACGUUUUCACUGUAAUGUUUUUUAAUGUAUAUAAUUUUUAAGUUUUGCCAGAAUCAGGGAUGCAGUAAUAAAGUUGAUGCAGGUGUUGCUGCAGUUAAGAGCUUCAGAGCCGUAAAUAGUAAAUACACUCUAAUGUAGAGUCAUGUAGGGCUGAAUUUGUAUCACAGGAUUAUUCACUGAACACAGCUUUUGUUUUCUUCUCCUCUCCACCAGCAUCUUCCAUCGUGUCCACUUUGUGUUUGUCAACCAAGUGAAGAGAAAUAUAGUAAUAUAUCUAUAUAUGUAGAAAGCCUUGUAUGCAUUUGAAAUUUUCAAAGGGGCAUGAUGAAGUGUAGUAUUUACUGAUCUAAAGUCUCAGACAAAGUGGUUAUUUAAAAAGUAAUAUAUUUAAAUAAAAAUGUCUACCUGAAAUACCACUCUGUGUAAAACACGAUGCCUGGUCACCAGUUUUGUAGAAUAUGUAAAGAGUUGUUUAAAAAAAAAGUAAAAAAUGAUAUAAAGAAUGGUAAUUUACACAAGGAUGAGAUGUUAAAAGUUGAGAAACUGUAUUUUUACAUUAGAACAAUGUUUAGACUCACAAUGAAUAAAAAGCCCCUGAGUUCACCAAGUAACUGUUUCAGGCACUGAUAUUGUGUUAUAGGCAAUAAAGAUUUCAGUGUAUUUUCGA